AUGUCGAUAUCAACCAAGCCUGACGCUAAUCAGGACCAGGAAUCCAGACCUAGCUAUCAAGAAACUUCUACAGAUCCUGUACCACCCUACAAACUUGGCAGGGACGGUGAUACACCUACCACGGUAUAUUUCCAUCCUCGCCCAUUGGAUUUCAACCUUCAAUAUAAUAUGGAGGCGCGCUUACCUCUAAGUAGAAUAUGCGAUACGGUCAUUCAUAGUGGUACAUAUAAAGAUUGGAAGGAGAGUGGGAUUUCAAUACAAAAUUAUACCGAACAAUCGACGAGGCUUCUGUAUAACUCUUUAGCGGGUCAUUAUGAAGAUUACAAGGCUUACAGAAGAGAGAAAAAUGAUUGUGAGAAGUCGAUUGAGGAUGUUACUGAUCGGUUGAGAAAUAGGAAUUACACGGAUCAGCCUUGUGUAUUGACAUUUAUGGAUGGGAAAACGAUGAAGGAUUUGAAGUCUAUUCAGAAAAAGGUGAAUAAAGAGCUUAGUAGAGGAUGUUUGAUCUAUUCUUUGAAAGAUCCUAAGUACGCCAAUGCCAGUUUUGGGUUGAUACCUCUUAUCAGACGAUGGUCAAACAAGUUCAGUAUGCAAGAUUACGAGCAAGGCGAGUCAACAGUCCAAUCUCAGAAUCAGGUUUCGGGAGAGAGUGGCAAAAGCUCAGCGUCAAUUAGAUUUUACAUCAAUUAUUCAAGCGAUCUCUCAAUGGUUCAGGGAGACCGAGAUGAUUUACAGCGCCUGGCUGCCAGUCUGGACAGGUUGGGUUUCGCAUCUGAUAGAGAACAUAUGGAGUUGAUGGCUAGGUCCAGAGGGUUUUCGAUCCAUAAAGUUUCGAAAAAAGUCCUCGAUGGGUUGGUUUCUUGUGAGAGCUGGACACGCAGUGAGGAGUAG